GUGCCCGGGUUUCUGCAACAGCAGGUGGCAUUCUGGCAUCAGCAGAGGCUGUGUUCCUUUGCCCAGGUACUGAGGACCUCCAACCAGACAUCUGAAAGGACCUGAGAGAGCAGCCAAUUCCAUGAGCAGCAUGGAGCUGAGGACUGUGACCGCCUCUGAAGCCGACAGCUACAGAAACGCUGCCUUCCAGAAUGAAGAAGACAUUAAUAAAAACCAGAACACAUCAGGAAACAACUCCAUAAGGAAUAGAGUUGUGCAAAACAGCAAACAUGUAAAUGCCAAACAGGGUGAAGAGCAGGUCACCAUUGAGCAGGAUUCUCUAAGAAGCGAAGAAGAUGAGGAGGAUGAUCAAGUGAUGCAUCCAAAUGGGUGUCUGGCAAGGAAGUAUGAUGCAGUUUGUGAUUUUCGUAGAAAACACAGAACCACCAUUCGGUAUAUCAUCUGGGGCAUCUUAUUAGCAGGCUACCUGGCCAUGGUGAUUGCAGCCUGUGUGCUGAAUUUUCACAGAGCCCUUCCUCUUUUCGUUAUCACCGUGGUUGCCAUCUUCUUUGUGAUCUGGGAUCACUUUAUGGCCAAAUAUGAACAUCAAAUUGAUGAGUUCCUAUCUCCUGGCAGAAGACUUCUGGACAGCCAUUGGUUCUGGCUGAAGUGGGUGAUUUGGAGCUCGCUGAUCCUGGGGGUUAUUUUCUGGCUGAUCUUUGACACUGCCAAGCUGGGCCAGCAGCAGCUGGUGUCCUUCGGGGGGCUCAUCGUAUACAUUAUCCUGCUAUUUCUAUUUUCCAAAUACCCAACCAAAGUUUACUGGAGGCCUGUCUUUUGGGGAAUUGGGUUACAGUUUCUUCUUGGGCUCUUAAUACUAAGGACUAAGCCUGGAUAUAUAGCCUUUGAUUGGUUGGGCAAACAAGUUCAGACGUUCUUGGAGUUCACAAAUGCCGGUGCUUCAUUUGUCUUUGGUGAGAAAUACACAGACCACUUCUUUGCAUUCAAGAUCCUCCCCAUCGUGAUCUUCUUCAGCACUGUCAUGUCCAUGCUCUACUACCUCGGACUGAUGCAGUGGAUCGUUAGAAAGGUUGGAUGGAUAAUGCUAGUUACUAUGGGAUCAUCUCCUAUUGAAUCUGUAGUUGCUGCUGGAAAUAUAUUUGUCGGACAGUCAGAGUCCCCACUGCUGGUCCGACCGUACUUACCAUACAUCACCAAGUCCGAACUCCACGCAAUUAUGACCGCUGGGUACGCUACCAUUGCCGGAAGUGUCUUGGGAGCAUACAUUUCUUUCGGGGUUUCACCCACCCAUUUGUUGACGGCUUCAGUUAUGUCAGCACCUGCCUCACUGGCUGUUGCUAAACUCUUUUGGCCUGAGACAGAAACACCUAAAAUAACCCUCAAGAAUGCCAUGAAAAUGGAAACUGGUGAUUCAAGGAAUCUCCUAGAAGCCGCAACGCAGGGAGCCUCCGCAUCCAUCUCCCUGGUGGCAAACAUCGCUGUGAAUCUGAUUGCCUUCAUAGCCUUGUUGUCUUUUAUGAACUCAGCGCUGUCCUGGUUCGGAAACAUGCUCGACUACCCACAACUAAGUUUCGAGCUAAUAUGCUCCUACAUCUUCAUGCCCUUCUCCUUCAUGAUGGGAGUGGACUGGCAGGACAGCUUUAUGGUUGCCAAACUCUUAGGUUAUAAGACAUUCUUCAAUGAAUUUGUGGCUUAUGAGCAUCUCUCAAAAUUGAUCAAUUUAAGGAAAGAGGCAGGACCCAAAUUUGUGAAUGGUGUGCAGCAAUAUAUGUCGAUUCGUUCGGAGAUCAUUGCCACUUAUGCUCUCUGUGGCUUUGCCAAUAUCAGUUCCCUAGGAAUAGUGAUUGGCGCACUCAUAUCCAUGGCUCCUUCCAGAAAGGAUGACAUCAUCUCAGGGGCAAUGAGAGCUCUGAUUUCAGGGACCACAGCCUGCUUCAUGACAGCCUGUGUCGCAGGCAUUCUCUCCGGCACUCCUGUAGAUGUCAACUGUCACCACAUUUUAGAGAAAGUCUUCAACUCCAGUUUACCUCGAAACACAACCUCUGUGGUAUCUUGUUGCCAGACUCUAUUGAGCAGCACUGUUGUCAAUGGUCCUGGUGAGGUCAUCCCAGGAGGAAACCACAGCCUGUAUUCUCUGAAGAACUGCUGCCAAUUGUUGAAUCCAUCAUCACUGAACUGCAGUUGGAUCCCUAAUGCAUUCUGAGUUCAGUUACUAAGUAUGGGUGCUGAAUUUUCUACUUUGGAGAGAGGAAAAAAAAGCUAUUCUCCACAGAUUGAUAUGUCCAUCAUGGAAUCAGCUUUAAUUCGAAAGAAGAACAGGAGUGAACCCCAGCAUACGUCUUGGCUGGGAAUCAAACUGUGACCUCUUGGUUCCUGGGUCAAUGCUCAACCACUGAGCCACACCAGCCGGGCCAUCACAAGUGCUCUUCAUACCGUAAAGACCAUUUUGAAUGAGAAAACACAAACACUAAGGUCUGGACUCACAAAAAAAUGAAUGUAAAAAAGGUUUUGAAAUACCUUAAGUAAUUUAUUUAUAUUUUUCUUUUUGUUAAAGAGUAAUUUUUUUUUUUUUAAAUCUAUGUGUAAAUAGUUGAUUUUCUUUUGUGCUGGUGGUGGUGGUGAAGAAGCAAGCUAAAUACCCAAAGAACUCUUUAUGUCAGAAGCAUAAUAUGCCAGGAUAUUUCUAGUUAUUAA